GAUUUUUACAUAGAAAUUAUUUUUCUUUAUUGGUUUUAACAUCGUUGGAAUUUUUUGUUUGCUUUGUUUUUCUUAAUACAUUUUGAUUUGUUGUUUUUUCUUUUGUCAUUUCCUUCGUUGGUGGUGACCUUUGUUGUUGUUGUUGUUGUUGUUGUUUCGUUUGUUUUUCGUCUUUUUCUCGUUCGAAAUCAUGUUUGUUGUUAGAGUUGUGAAUAAGAAAUUAUUCCUUUCCAAUGGUCCAUCUUGCUCCUUGUCUUCCUUUAAAUCAUCGCUUAGUUGGUGGAGUGGUGUUGAAAUGGGUCCACCUGAUGCCAUCCUUGGGGUUACUGAGGCUUUCAAGAAGGAUACUUCAGAUAAAAAGAUGAAUCUAUCGGUUGGUGCAUAUCGUGAUGAUGAUGGUAAACCAUUCAUUUUACCUUGUGUAAUGAAGGCUGAAGAAAUUUUAUCAAAGAAAAAUCUUGAUAAAGAAUAUGCUGGUAUUGCUGGUGUUGCAGAUUUUUGUCAAGCCGCUGCUAAAUUGGCUUUUGGUGACUCGAGUCCGGUAAUUAAGGAGGGUUUAAAUGCCACUGUUCAAGGUAUUUCGGGAACCGGUUCUCUUACCAUAGGUGCUCACUUUUUAGCUCAAUUUUUCCCUGGAGUUAAAGAGAUUUACAUGCCAACACCAACUUGGGGCAAUCAUAUUCCUAUUUUUAAACGAGCUGGUCUUACCGUUAAACAAUAUCGUUACUUUGAUCCUAAAACCUGUGGAUUCGAUUUUACCGGAGCCCUUCAAGAUUUAGCCAAAAUUCCUGAAAAAUCAAUCAUACUUUUACAUGCUUGUGCUCAUAAUCCAACUGGAGUAGAUCCUAAGCCGGAGCAAUGGAAAGAAAUGUCAAAAGUAAUCAAAGCCAGGAAUCUAUUUCCAUUUUUAGAUAUGGCUUAUCAAGGUUUCGCCACUGGUGACAUUGAUCGUGACGCUUUUGCUUUACGUAUGUUGGUUGAAGAUGGUCAUCAGGUUGCGACGGCUCAAUCAUUUGCCAAGAAUAUGGGUCUUUAUGGUGAAAGAACUGGUGCUUUCUCUGUUGUUUGUGCUGAUAAAGAUGAAGUUGCUCGGACCAUGUCACAACUUAAGAUUAUUAUCAGACCAAUUUACUCUAAUCCUCCAAUCCAUGGAGCAAGAAUCGCUUCAACCAUUUUGAAUGAUCCCUCACUUCGUAGUCAAUGGUUAACCGAUAUUAAAGUAAUGUCAGAUCGUAUUAAUACCAUGAGAAUCAAAUUAAAGGAAGGAUUAAAACGAGAAGGAUCAAGCCGAUCAUGGGACCAUAUUACCGAUCAAAUUGGAAUGUUCUGUUUCACUGGAAUGACACCUGAUCAAGUUGAAAGAUUAAUCAAAGAAUUUAGUGUUUAUUUAACAAAAGAUGGUCGCAUUUCCGUUGCCGGUGUUUCCUCUAAGAAUGUUGAUUAUUUGGCUCAUGCAAUUCACCAAGUUACCAAGUGAAAAUCUAAUGAGUAGCCUGAUCCAAAAGCCGCUUGUCUAACAGAAAGUCUAAUUCUUAUUGUUAUUAUUCAGAAAAAAAAUUUAUCUAAUCAAUUAUGAUAAUCACAUUCAAUCAAAAGCUAAACGAAUACUCGUUUUUUUGUGAUAUACAAAAAGACAAACACGAUGAUCACUAUCAAAGUAAAUUGUUGAUAUUUUUGAUUGAAUUCUAAUUAUCGUAAUUAUUGGCUGAUAAAUUUUCUGUAUUUAUAAUUUGAUAGAAUUUUGUAAAAAUAGAAAUUGAAUACGAUUAAACCAAUUCGUAUGAUUAAAUUGUGUUUGGGAAGUAAAAAACAAUCAAAUCAAAUUUAAUAUCUAUCAAGAGGUUGCUCUCCAAGGGUCUCUCUCUCUCUCUCUGUAAAAUAAUAUUCAACACAAUCAAUUGUAUCUCUGUGAAGGUUAUUAGUGUAUUAAUCAGAAUCAAUUAUCUUGCCAACAAUUGAAGUGUAACAAGAUUAACAAUCAUCAAUCAAUGAACUAA